CUUAACUGGUCGAUCUCAUAGAUUACUCUCCGUAUGUAGUAUCGUCUAUUUAGUUUGUGCUCAACUUGAUGUCUUCAAUUCAUGUCAAAUAGUGAAAUAUAGCCUCAUAUAAAUUGCAAGUGUACCAAAUUGUGUAGUUCGAGAUACAUAAAUAAAGUUUGCAGACGGCUUGACUGGGAAAAUUAAGUUACUUAAUAUGAUAUUGAUGUUUUUUUAAAUAUAAAUGUAUUUGAUAGAUAAGUAUUAAGGUACAUCAUGAACAAGGCUGGAGCGCCUAAGAACGUGAUCGCCGACUUGUCCCAAUUUUGCAAGAGUACCUUCACCCUCAGUUUUGCGGUCGAAGUAGUUGGUAUUGAAGUAUGGCAUGAUUGUAAUGAAGGUUGGCUGGAUUUAGGGCCCUGUUUACAAGGGUUGAAGAUCCAGUAUAAUUUAUAUCCUGGUUGUAGUUACGACUUAGAUGUACUGAUUUGGCCGCAUGCUGCUAAGAUUUGGUGCGGGUUACAAUAUGGUUGGGUUCGGACUUGGCAGUUCCUGCAACGUCGAUGGAUAGCAUUCUCAAUACGCCACGCAUUUCCUGUGAGGGUCCUAGAUCUGCAGGCGCAUACCGCUAUGGUUACGCUAGUCCCAGGCACUGGUGCUUUUGGAGCGAACGCAAAGAACGACAAGAACUCAGAAGUAUACCUUCCCCCUUUGAAAUUUGGGGAACUUAGAUAUUUUGCCGCUGUCAUGGAGGCCGAAGAAAGUUUGUCAAAGUUUGCACAAGAUUUAAUUUGGGAGGCUGUAGAAAAUUACAUACCUGCAUCUUAUUUAGAUGGUUUAUUUGAUAAACCAUUCCCUGUGACAGAUGUCCGGCAUAAGGAUACAGUUAUUUGCAAUGUGCAAGAAAUUAUUCUUAGCAGAGGUUUACCAGAAGAAAUCGAAGAGAUACCAGAACCGGAAGAUUCAAAGACAAGAUAUAGGCCCGAUUCUAAAAUAGUUAAAGAGAAAGAAAAGAAAAAAGUUAAUGAUGUUACGAAAAUAAAAUUUGAAAUUAAACUGCCAGGUGACAACAUCCUAGCAGGUACAGGCAGAAUAACACCCUUUGAAAUAUGCGGUGACCGGCCACCGGAACUUGGAGAAAUUAUAACUUUAAUUAGUAGCAAUAAUUUACCAGCUCAAGAUGAUUUACCUAUACUAUUUGUGAAUAUAGAAACAUUAUAUGACAUACCGUUUAAUGAUUUAAAAAAACUCAGAAUAACGCAACUCUACACAAGAUGGAAAAUUGCAAGCUGGAAACAGGAUUCAAAGGUGAAUAUGAUAAAAUCUAAGAGUGAAAUAAAAUUUCAAGACCAUCAUGUAUUACCUUUGGAGAACGCAAUGGCGGCACAAGUCACAGCGACAUUUUUAGAUAAUCCGUUUGAAAUUCAAUUACGUGGAAUACGGGAAAUAAGUGCAUCUAACAGCAACCCAAUGUUUUUUGGUUAUUUAAAAGGCGACCAUAAUUUUGGCCUUACCUCACCACCGAAAUUACCUAACGAAGAUACCGAUAUACUUAUAGCAGUUACCAAAAUUGAUGGACGAAAGUUAGCAACAGGAACUAAUGAAUUUAUAAGUGGAGAGUAUCCUUUGUAUCCACCUUCUGCGUCAACUGCGAACUUAGGACGCGAGGAGCUUUGUACAAAUGAUAUUAAUGCUAUCGGAGUAGCCAUAAAGCCUGACUUCAUCGUCCCAUCGUACUUAGUUUUGCAAGCACAAAUGACAUUAGGGGUAUCAUUGGGAUUAGUUGGAUGUCGACCUAAAGGCCUAGCCUUGAGUUUCUCACGGUUAUUUGCGCUUAUUGAUGACACAGAAAGUGUUAUGGUAAUGCUACGAGAAAUAUCCAAAAUGAAUGACGAGCUUAUAGCAUCUAGUAAGAGAGACAUUGUACUGACUGGGUUUGCACUUGAUGUCGGUGAUCAAGUAAUAUUUUACCUAGAAGGUCCCACGGAUGGAGCUCUAUUAAAAAUAUGGGAAAUGACACAAGAUUUUUAUCCGACUGUGAAACCAGUAUUUUCUAGCUCAGCUAAAUAUUCGACCCGAAUUUAUCCAGAAUUUCUUUCUGCAACUAAGCCAUUCAGUAUUCUGAAGAUGUACGUACCGUUGGCAAUUCUUUUGGCUUGCCCGCCUAUUUACGUCCGUCCAGCUCUUCCAAUACCCACUAGAUCUGCUGUAUUGAAAAUCGGCCGUAUAAUAUCCGGCAAAUUUCGACCAGUUCCGUGUCGCAGUGAGAUGCCUUCUGCAUCAGAACUGAACAGUUUCAGGUUGGAGCUAUGUGUUGCACCUCGGCCUAUACCACCUGUCACUCAUGAGGACGCUGCUCGUGGAUAGUUAUAACUGAUUACCAAUAUGAAAUGUACAAUAUCUACAUCUGACACUCCGGUACAACUGUCAGUACAACCAAUACAGAAAAUUAAUUGGGAUCAUAAUUAAAAUGAGGAAUUAAUUUAUCUUACCAG